AUGGCGCACACUCAAGAGCAAAUAAUCGAGACCAUAUCCGGAAAGCUUUUCGAUCUCCUCCACCACCACAAAUGGACCCGCGAGAUUACGUGUCUCGUCGGCAUCGAUGCCAUCCUAAAGGCCCUCGGCGAAACAACUCCCAAGAGCCUCGAGUAUGCGCAGCAUUCCCACCAUCUCGCCAUGCUCCUUACCACAAAGUUUGAGUACACAGACGACAUUACAGAUCUCCAUGAAGCAGUGACGUAUGCAGAAAAAGCAGUGUCAGUACCGGACCAUCCCCAUCGAGGAGUCCACCUCUCGACCCUCGUAGACACUCUGUACCUGCGGUUUAAAUGGAUAAAAAAUCUCAGGGACCUUAGCCAGAGCAUACUAUAUGCAAAGAUGGCGGUUUCAAAAGCGUCUCAGGGAGACCCCGAGAGGGCCCGGUUGGUGUCGAAGCUGAUUGAUCUUCUGGAAUUGAGGUUCGAGGUUAUAGACGACAUAUCCGACCUUGAUGAUGCCCUAUACCAUGCAAUCCAAGCGGAGCAAGAAUUUCGUGGUCAUCAAGGCCGAAGUGCUUGCUUUUCGAGGCUUGCAGACCUCUCGUUUGAAAAACAUAAAUGGACAGAUAGCUUGGGCGACCUCAACCUGGCUGUAUCGAAUGCAGAGAAGGCAGUUGAUGAGAUAGCUGAAGAUCACCCCGAUCGACCGGUUUAUCUGUACAAGUUAAUAAGCCUUUUAUUCAGAAAAUAUAGUCAGCUUGAUCAUACACUUAGCCUGGAGGAGACCAUAUUGUACACAAAACAAGCAGUUCCCAAGCUGUGGAGCAAUACCAGUUUAAGGGGUCUCCUCAAAUCGGAAAUUUUGUUCGAGAAGCUCAAAUCGACAGAUGAUAACGACAAACUAAAGCAUGCCUUACUCCUGGAAAUAAAGGCACCAGAACGACAGAGCUCAGAUUAUCUCUACUAUAUUGCAGAUAUUCUAUUCACAAAAUUCAACUUGAAAUUCAACUUGAGCUUUUUAGAGCAGGCCAUUUCAAAAGCGGAGAAAGCGGUAGCAGGAACACCCCCGAGGCACCGCGAUCGAAUUACUUACCUCCACAAGCUUGUAGCCCUUUUAAUCGCGAGAUUCAAGGCGACCAAGGAGUUAGACGAUCUGAACGCAACGAUAUUAUAUGUAGAAGAGAUCAUAUCGGAGUCGCAGGAAAGCCCUGACCGAUCUAUUCAUUUCUUCAUGUUAGGAGAUAUCCUGAUGGAGAAAUUCAACUUAACGGAAGACCCGGCUGUUUUAGAAUCCGCCAUACAGCGGGUAAGAAUGGCAAUUGUUGAAUCACAGGUCGGUAGUCUCCACCGAGCAGCCUGCCUCUCAGAGUUAGCAGCUAUCCUCCUUAUAAGGUUUCAGUGGACGAAAGACCCAGAUGAUGUUGGGAAAGCCACAAAGUACCGGGAAAAAGCGAUUAAGGAAGUAUCUGAGAAUUACGCUCGGGAUGUGUAUACUCCAAAGCCAUCAGCGACUCCAGGCGUUAGAUCAGGACCAGUUGAUCUAGAUGGUACGGAAUCAACUAUAUCAGGCUCAGAAGCUAUAUUGUUGGACGACUUUCGUGAUUCAAGAAAUUUCACCUUCAAGCUACCAAGUAUCCUAGCCAAAAGGGCGACACCAAAAAAGAAAAUCGCUAGUCUAAACACUGCUAUAUCAAAUGCAGAGGAAGAGGUGGUAACAACACGGGGUCUUGUAAAAAGGAUGGCAUCCCAGGUCAAUUUUGCAGCCCUUUUAGCCAAGAGGUUCUGGACGACGAAAGACCACGCGGAUCUACGACAUGUCGUAUCUCUUUGGAUAAAUAUAUUCAUAUAUGAUUGGGCACGUAACGGGGAAUCAAGCCGUCUCCAAUUGGCUAUAUCCACCAUAAAGGACUUGAUAGAAAAUGAUCUCAUCUGUCUUCCACGAGCGGCGAUUCUUCUAGGACUCGAGCCUCGACCUGAUAUCUUGAAGAUUUUGGAUAAAGUUAUUUCCCAUCCUGAUGAUUUAGUACAGACGGGGAGCGGGAGAAUCAAAAGAGCGGUAACUCCAUUUAAAUUGCUAUCCCUUGCCGUAGUAUUAGGUAGCAGGAAGGCUCCGGCACCAGCAUUCGAUACCACGGAAACGCUCUCAAUAAGAGAGCAUUCAGACAUCGGGUCUAUCAAACUCGGGCGCCUCAUCAACGGUAUCAACAGUGUCAAGCGUUCACCCAGAAAAAUCCAUGAUCCACAAAUACCCCUCAGUCAAGUCAAACCAACAGUAUACAACCAUCUGGAAGAAGCUACGCCAGAUGAAGACUGGGAAUCCCUCCGAACGAAAGUAUUUGAUAAGAACACUCGAAGAUGGAUCUUUGAAUACAAGGCCCAAACGGUCAAGGUCUGUGACAAAGACGCCGUAUUUCCAACAGCUUACGCCCUGCCGGAAACACGCGCAUGGCUAGGAUCGAGCAAAACGGUACAUAUUAUAACUGGAUACCAAACAUGCGUGUCUGAAGAGGUGAUGAAACAGGUAGCUGCAGAGGAGAUCGACGAAGAGGAAGCUGCCAAGAAAGGACGCAUAUUUUCCAUCCGUUAUCUUCGGGUGGCGUUGUGA